AGAGAAACAAACUGCAGCACAGGACGGUGCAGAGUAUCAUUCAGACUCUGUCGUGAAGUCAAACUCCUCUUACUCGCUUUCAUCUGCAUCUCACAGCCUUCAGCAACAAGUUUGUCCAGGAAGAAGCAACUAGACAGAAGAGAGAAAAGAUGAAGACGUUUGUUUCAGCUCUGAUCGUCUCUGUGUUUCUCUUCACUUGUGUGGCCACUGCAGAGAUAAAAGUGAAGCUUGGAGAAGAUGUCCUCCUUCCAUGUCAGGAGUUCAGAGAUGCUGACAUCGAACUGGUAAAGUGGACUGGACCGUACCACGAGUCAGAGGGUUAUGUCUUCUACUAUGUAAAGAAGGAUUUAAAUGAAGAACACCAGCAUCCAUCUUUUCGUGGUCGAGUGGAGCUGAGAGAUCCAGAGAUGAAGAACGGAGACGCCUCUGUGAUUCUGAAGAACGUCAAUAUCAACGAUGCUGGAAGAUACGAGUGUUAUGUUAGAAAGAGCAGCAUAGGAAGCAGCACUGAGCUCAUCAACAUCAUCAGCCUGAAGGUUGAAGUCCCAAUAACCAUCACAGCUGAUCCUGGACAGACUGUCACUCUGACAUGUCGAGCUCCAAACACCAACAUCAUAGUUGUAGAGUGGACCAGACCUGAUCUGGAGACAGAAGAAUAUGUGUUUCUGUACCGGGAUGAGCGGCCUGAUCCAGAGAACCAGCAUCCAUCUUUUCAGAACAGGGUGGAGCUGGUGGACAGACAGAUGAAGGACGGUGACGUGUCUUUGACUCUGAAGAAUGUGACGAGAGAGGACAGAGGAAGAUACGAGUGUCGAGUCGUCCAGAGAAAAACAAACCGUGGGAAGAGAGCCAAUCUGGACACUGAGCCCAUCAACAUCAUCAACCUGGAUGUUGAAGUCAUCACCUACCUGACACUGAUACCUCACACCUGCUUCUACUCUGCAGGUAACACACAGGGACACAGGGAGGAGGGAGGAGACAAGAAGGGAGGGAACAAGGAUGGACCUGUUGGAGUAGGAGUUGGUCUUUCAGUUGCUCUGCUUCUUGUUGUUGUUGUUGGUGGUGGUGGUUUUAAGAUCUUUAGAAAACAGAAAGGAUGCACAGAGCAGAAUUCAUGCAAACCUCCUGCUGAUGAAUCAGGUGUCAGCUGGACAUACUCUCAGACAGAAAAAAGAGAUUAACUCUGCCAAAGCUGGUCCCAAGACAAGAUGAGAAAAGAGGAGGGUUGGAUGUGGGCUAGCAACCCAACCCCAUAAAACAUAGACACCAGCUGUUUGUCUGUUCACAGAAUGUGAUAUACAGUCAUGUGAAAAAGAAAGUACACCCUCUUUGAAUCUAUGGUUUUAUGCAUCAGGACAUAAUAAAAAUUCAUCCAGUCAAUAGCAGGUCUUAAAAAGAGGUAAAUACAACCUCAGAUGAACAACAACACAUGAUAUAUUACACUGUGUCAUCAUUUCUUUCACUAAAACUUGGCCAAAAUGCAGAAGCAGUGUGAAAAAUUAAGUACACUUUACUUACUCUCCUAAUUCAUAGGAAUUAAGAGAGUAAGGUGCUGCUGAUCAAAUGCUCUUGAUUAAUUGAUCAUGAUCAGUGUGAUCAGUGUGGUGGUGUGUUAAGGACACAGUAAUGACACAGUGGAAUCUGUUGUGUGUUGUUUUACACCUGAGGUUUGAUUUAAAUAAAUUUAGAACCUGAUAAGGACCAGAUUAUUUUUUAUUAUGUCCUGAUGCUUAAAACCAUAAAAUUCAAAGAGGGUGUACUUUCUUUUUCACAUGACUGUACAUAUUUAUGCUGUAUACAUACUGUAUUUACUUAUCUGAAUUAGAAUCUGUUCCUAUUUUAGCAGCCAGCUGCACCAGCUGUUCAGAGGUUCAGACUCAUUAUAAUGAAAUUAAAAUGGGUUCAACCUCACAAGCUAGUUCCUAUGUAGAGAUGAGGUGUCAAUAAAUAUUUACUCAGGUGAAGAAAUUAAGUGAGCCAACACGUGACAGGCUGAGUGUAAAAGAACACUUUAAUAGAUUAUAGAUAAACAUAGAUAAAUGUGAGCUGACAUUCAUAAUGUUGGAAGCUGGACUCAGGAUCCACUGUUCAGAUACAUUCACCUACUAAACUCUGCAGAUUCAGAUAUAAAUGAACCUCCAUGUUCUGUAUAUGGAUGUAAAUGAAACUUUAUUGAGUGUUGGCAGUGAGAGUUGAGUUGGUGUGAUGGAUGAACAAACAGCUGAGUCCUGCAGAGUGAAGCUCAUCAACCUGUUUGAUUUAUUUACUGUUGUAUCUGUUCAGAACAGACGGAGUUGAUUUAUUUCUAUCAGUUUCUAAAGAUCUGUACCCUAUGCAGCUUCUGUUGUGUUUCUUAUUCUGAUCAAUAUUCAUUGUCAAACUCUUGUGUGUUAAUAAAAUGUGUUGUGUGUGAA